UCAUACCAAUACAAUGUCCAGUGUUGAUGGCAGCUGGCGAUUUUGUGAAGGAUACUUAGAACACAAAGGAAAACAGGGCCGGGGGUACGAGAGAUUAUGGUGUGUCUUGAAGGACAGAACUAUCCAUAUUUUCAAAGACAGAGAUAAGAGGGACGAGGACACGAUACUGGGUAGUUUAAACAUUGACAACAAUACGGAAUAUAAAUAUGGAGAAAGUGAGAGAGAUGGCUACAAGUUUGAGCUAUACACACUGGGACUGGACAGAAGUAAAAGAGCUAACAGAUUUAAGACAAGAAAGAAAGUGGAAAGAGAAAUGUGGAGGGCCUAUAUCAUCGGUCUGUCUAAGGGUACUGUUCCCAAAGACCUGGAUUUAAUGGAAGGCCAGAUUGAGGAUAUCGAGGCUAGCAUAAGCGCCUUCCUCCACGAAGAAGCUAACAGAAUAGGUGGGGGUGGAUCUCCUUCUGUAGGUGGCGGAUCCAGUCACCAAGCACUUCAGAAAAGGAUCUCGAUGUCUCGAUCAGAAGACAGUGGUAUUGACAACGCCAGCAGGUACCCCAGAUCCUACAGGUCUCAGCAUUCCUCGUCUUCCGGCUCCAGAGAUACAAUCAGCGGGGGCGGUGGAGGGCCUACAAUGAGACAUAAGUUCACAAAUGAUCCAAGAAUGGAUGACGAAGCACCAAGUUGGUUUUUCACAAACUGCAGUAGGAACUUUGCAGAGAAAGUACUGGUUAACGCUGGUCGAUUUGGUAAUACUAUGAUGAGGGAAAGUUCAUCACAGAAAACCAGCGGAAGUUAUGUCAUCAGUAAAAUAGGAAAAAUAGACGGUGAGGUGAGAAUAGAACAUUUUGAGGUGGAGCGAAUUGACAGAGGCUAUAGAAUCAAAGUAGAAAAUGAUGUGAGUUUGCCAACGUACUACCUAUCUGUAGUUUUAUUUCACGAAACUGAAUCUUACUGCAAAGAAAAACGUAUAUCAUAUAAGUAA